AUGUUUUUUUGCACUCAUUGCAGUAUUGACAAAGUGGAGAACAUCCAGUCGCCUACUCUUGUCAUCCAUGGAACAGAUGAUCACGUUAUUGGAAUUCAUCACGGCAAGGAGCUAUUUUCCCGUCUCCCUAAUCCCCUUGAUCCACUUUGGGUUGAAGGUGGCGACCACAACAACAUUGAGCUCUUCCAUGAGUACACCAUUCGCCUUGAGAAAUUUUUCCAGGUUGACAUGCGUCAAAAUCUGACCCCCUCCGAACAACAGCCACAUUCAAUCGAUUCUGGUCGAAACGAAUCAUCAGCACGCCAUCCACCAGCUCUUAAGACCAUCGAUGAGCAUCCCUCCUCUCAGAAAGUCCAGACAGCUCAAACACCCCACACUCGCCACUCUUGGAAUUCCACCCAGUCAUCCAGUUCAGCAUCUGGUAGUACACCCGCUAAUACCACGCCCGAACACCUUCCGUCAACGUCCUUUAUCACUCCGACAACUAAUAGCGAACACCACAUAGCCGAUGGUGAUCAAUCAAACCCGCUUCAAGCCCCCCUUUCCAUGAGGAGUAAUGAAGGAACAAUCACGGUAUUCACUGGUUCUUCAGUUUCCUUGCCCCUUGAUACCAGUGCCGGUGAUUCUGGACGCAAAUCAUCAAGCUCUUUCAAACAUCAAAAUCCAGAUGUUUCCAAGAGUUCGAAAUUAAUUCACAGCCAAUCAUCCUCGGAGAAAGCUAACCGAGGAGAGAAUGUGGGUACAAUGAAUCCUCCCAAAACUACUAAUGGAAACCAUGAUCUCUAG